AUGGGAGGACUUUUGGCCUCGCCUAAAACUGACAAAUAUAAUGAAACCGGCUGUGGAAAUGGACUACGUUACGGUAUAUCGAGCAUGCAAGGCUGGCGUCUCUCAAUGGAAGAUGCACACUGUGCCAUAACUCAGCUUCCUGGAAACCUAAAAGAUUGGUCAUUUUUCGCUGUUUUCGACGGUCAUGCAGGAGCUUUGGUGUCUGAACUAUGUGCGACGGAACUGUUGAAGUGUAUUGUGGAUACUGAAGAGUUCAAGAAAAUCAAUCCUGAUCUUGCACCUAGUUUACAAGAAGUAGAACGUGGUAUUCGAGACGGUUUCUUAUCUUUGGAUGAUCGUCUUCGUCAUCUCCCUCAACUUGCUAGUGGAGAAGAUAGAUCAGGGUCUACUGCUGUUUGUGUACUCAUUACACCGAAACAUAUUUUCUUUGCCAAUUGUGGAGAUUCUCGUGCAAUACUAAUUCGUAAAGGAAAAGUUGCUUUUGCUACCGUUGAUCAUAAACCAGUAAAUCCUAAUGAAAAACAACGUAUACAAAACGCUGGUGGUUCAGUUAUCAUACAACGUGUAAAUGGUUCUCUUGCUGUUUCUAGAUCAUUAGGUGAUUAUGCUUUUAAAGCAGCCAAAGAUCUUGGUCCCACGGAACAGUUGAUCUCUCCAGAGCCUGAAAUUACUGUAGUUGAUCGUGAUAAAGACUUAGAUGAGAUUAUUGUCUUAGCAUGUGAUGGUAUUUGGGAUGUCUUAACCAAUGAAGAACUCUGUUCACUAUUACAAAAUCGUAUGCGAUGUGUUGAAGACUUGUCAAUGAUAUGCAAUGAAACUAUAGAUAUGUGUUUGUAUAAAGGUAGUUCUGAUAACAUGAGUAUGGUGCUAGUUGCAUUCGAUCCUGCUCCACGAGUAGAUCCUACUUCUAAAGCUGAAGAUGAAAAUUUAGAAUCUAUUUUAGUACAGCGAACAAAAGAAUUUCUUGAAAAGCACACUAAAAAUGAAGUGACAACUGAAAUGGUUCUAGAGCAUUUACAAGGAUCUGUUGGCAAUAUACUAUCAUCUGGAAAUUGGCUUUGCAAGAUUGGUAAAAUUCAAGAACUGAUUGAUUCACAUCGUCUUGCUUGUUCAAAUCGAGGAUCGCAACAAAACCGAUGA